AUGAGCAAUCAGUGGGUUAUCACUUUAACUGUAGGCUUCUUAGCUUUAUCUAAAGCUACUAUUAUUUCUCAGAAAUAUAAAGCGAAACUCGAACUUAAUGAUAAGAAGUCAAACUAUGAACUUUUAGGGGAGCAUAAUGCUUAUUCGUUAACUGAGUGCGCCGCGAUAUGUCAAAGGGAGUGCGUUUUCUUUGGAUUCAACAGUCAAAUGAAGAAAUGUCGAACCCACAAGAAAGGUCUUACAUCUGGACUGUCUGAUGAGGCCGGUUGGAGAUACUACUCGGAUGAUGACUUUCCUAGCAUGCCCCAAGAUUGCAAGGAUCUUCUAGAAAACGGACAAAACAUCACAGGGGUAUAUGAUAUAUACCCCUACGGUACACUAACAAUACCGGUCAGUGUGUAUUGCGAUAUGACCACAAUGGGUGGGGGAUGGACGGCAAUUCAGAAACGCAUAGACGGAUCCGUGAUCUUUGACAGGAACUGGAUGGAUUAUAAGAAUGGUUUUGGUUCACCAGAACAGAAUGUCUGGAUUGGAAAUGACGUAAUCCAUAAAUUAACAAAAGAAAACACCUCAUCCCUGUAUGUGUCCAUCACUCUCCAGAAUGGUUCAACUCCGUAUGAAAUGUACGACCGAUUUUCUGUCUCCGACGAAGCAGGAAAAUAUCAACUCUUUCUUGCAGGACCUGCCACGGGAACUUUAGGGGACAGUGACUCUAUGUUAGACACUAUUUACCCCAAUAACUUCGAUCUUUCUGGGAUGUCCUUCACCACCCAUGACAGGGAUAACGACAGAUAUAAUAAUGGUAUCUGUGCUGCUCGCAGUGACCGUAGAGGAGGCUGGUGGUUUAACAAAUGUAGCCACGCCUUCCUUAACGGUCAAUGGUCCCCGGGGGAGUGGCGCUGGCCAUGGUAUCCCACAGUACAGAGUGGGACAUCAGUGAAGGCGACCACCAUGAUGAUCAGACGGAACUAG